AUGUAUACCGCUUCCAGAGAGCAUUUGAACUACAGAAGGGGUGCGGCUGAAGUUGUUAUCGCGGGUACAAUAUCAAACCAUUCCAGUCUACAGGUGGUUGAUGCCAAUACAAUUGCUUCAUACCCUAUGACAAAGGUAAGGGCAUGGGCAUAUCCAAUUACUCUGGGUUUUAUUGACAUAAAGAACAGAGAAAGACUAGACCAUAUCGCCCUAAGUUGGGAACUCUGUACGGAAGUUGUCACUUGGGAUGAGACCGACCUAGUGUCCUGUGACAUUCUCCCGGUCGUCAAUUACACUGCAUAG